AUGUCGACAAACUUGAUAACUAACCUUGGAUGUGUUGUGGUGCAACUUGUCGAUUUUGUUACUUCUGAUCGGAUGUAUCUUCUUGAUCACGUUUCAAAAAUUGACGAUUCGGAGCAGGAUUUAGAGCACACACGACCAUUAUUUAGAUUUCUUCAAUCAAAGAUGAGAAAAUAUGCAAAAUAUGUUGGAUUUGAUUAUCAACGUUUUGAUGCAAAUGUUGGAAAAUUGAAUGGAGACAACAUGUCCUAUCCAUUGGAUGUUAAAAUUUCAACUGAUUAUCAGUGUAUUUUGGUUUGUGAUCAAUUGAAGAAUAGAAUUGUUGUAUUUGAUUAUAAUACCUUAAAACAAAAGAAAGUAAUUGAUUGGCAUUCUGAUUCUGUUCGACCAAGAUAUAUGGCCAUUGAGAUUAUUGAUUCUAGAGAAUUGUACUUGUAUUUUACCAACACAAAAUUUGGAGUUGUAAAAUGUAAAUUGUCUACAUUGUUGUGUGAUUCGAAAGAUAAAUUUGCAGUUCCAGAUAUAAAGGAAUGGACAAGAAAAGUAACUGAUCCACAGGGAUUAACCAUAAAAUAUAGACCAUACAAUCAGAAUCUGAUAUUGGUUUGUGAGAAGACUGAGAAACAAAUUCAAUUUUUGGAUUCGAAUACUGGUUCAGUUUUGAGAAGCAUAAGCCUUGCCUCGGAUUUACUUGGUCCUUGGUCAAUAUCAUUCAAUAGCUUGGGAGAUUUAAUUAUUGGAGAUUGUGAUAAAAGAAAGAUAUUUGUGUUGAGACAAGAUGGUGACUCUUACACAGUAGUGAAUUCGUUUGGAACAUUUAAGGAUAUUUAUGGCUUGUCAAUCGACUACUCUAAUGAUUAUAUAUAUGCAUCUGAUUUUGCCAAUGCCAUUCAAGUGUUCACCCCAACAGGAGAACUCGUCAAGAAAAUUACUCAUGGCUCAAUAAUUAAUCCAAUUGGUAUUCAUAUAGACAAUAAGGGAGGAAGAUUACUCUUUUCUGAUUACUCCUCGAUGCAUUUGGUUUGCCUAGCUAGUCCUGGCUCCUUUGAUACUACUAAUCAAUAG